GUGAGGUUGCGAGGAGAGGAGUCAGGAAAACAGCAGCUUAUUGUAUCAGCACCAAGGACAGAGGCACCAGGGAAGCAAGUCUACAGGAGCUUGUGGAGAUCUUCACAAAACCAUCUGGAGAUUGUACGGAUAUAACAGUCGGGUCUUAAAUGUGCAACAUGGUCUAAAGGCUCCCCUAGGAAAUUGUGAUGCCACUGUCUUCACCUUGCCAGCAAUCAUGUAUUUUGGGCUCCUUACAAUUAUUUCUUUUUUUACAAAGUUGCUGAGCUCCUUGGAAUUGUAUGGUUUCAGAGCCGCAUAAUUCUAACUUGUUUUCUAUGUUCUUCCAGAAGUGAACAAGAGUGACAAGGGUCUUCUUCAUUCUCAAAAUGAAAUCCUUUAGCAGAAUCAGUAGCUAUCCCAAUUCGACAUUAUCAGCCUCGCUUUGGCAGGAUAACUCCACGGGACCUGGAUUGCCACAAUCUCCUGCCUACUAUGCCCUCUGUUAUUGUGUCUUGAUCUUGGCCAUAGUUUUUGGGAAUGUUCUUGUCUGCCUGGCAGUUAUGAGAGAACGUAGUUUGCAAACCACCACUAAUUACCUUGUGGUCAGCUUGGCAGUAGCUGAUCUGCUUGUGGCCAUUUUAGUGAUGCCAUGGGUUGUGUACCUUGAGGUGACGGGAGGAGUCUGGAAUUUCAGUCGUGUCUGCUGUGAUAUAUUUGUAACGAUGGAUGUGAUGAUGUGCACAGCCAGCAUUUUAAAUCUCUGCGCUAUCAGCAUUGACAGAUACACAGCAGUAGUUAUGCCUGUUCAUUAUCAGUACAGCACAGGGCCCAGAUCAUGUCGAAGAGUCUCCAUAAUGAUCACAGUGGUCUGGUCAUUGGCAUUUGCUGUUUCCUGCCCUCUUCUCUUUGGCUUCAAUACUACAGACGAUCCCAGCAUUUGUGCUAUUUCUGAUCCUGACUUUGUAAUCUACUCCUCUGUGGUGUCCUUUUAUCUUCCAUUCCUGGUCACCCUGCUGCUCUACAUCCGUAUUUACAUUGUGCUGAGGCAAAGGCAGAGGAAACGAAUCCUCACAAGACAAGGCAACCAUGGUGUCAAAGCCUAUUACACACAGGAGAAACAUUUAGAAAUAACAGGUUUGCACCAGAAGCCUCCCAACGUGCCCUUGUCUUGCUUCCCGUUCAAGUGUUCGUCAGAUCACAAGCUGCCAGCUGAAAAGAAGCCCCUGACUCCCCCUGAACUGCAGCAGUAUUGCAGUAUCUGCCGUGAAAAUUCAUUCUCCAGUUCAGGAGAUAAAGAGGCUGUUAACCUAAAAGUGAGAAGAAAAACCCAACAGCAAAGCCUGGAAGUGCGCAAACUGAACAAUGGCAAAACAACCACAUCCUUGAAACUACCAUCUCAGCAGCAUAGGACAAUACAGCUCAGAGAGAGGAAGGCCACCCAGAUGCUAGCUAUUGUUCUUGGGACUUUCAUUGUCUGCUGGUUGCCAUUCUUCUUGAUACACAUAUUGAAUACCCACUGCCCAGCUUGUCAUAUUUCUCCAGAGGUAUACAGUGCUACCACGUGGCUAGGAUAUGUCAACAGUGCCCUCAACCCAGUUAUCUACACAACCUUCAACAACGAGUUCCGUAAAGCUUUCCUCAAGAUCCUGUAUUGCUAAAAAUGCAGAGAGUGGCAUAGUAUCAUUUCCCAUUGAUGGAGGUGGCCAACAAGGUGUAACUGAGAUGGCUCUGUAUACACUGGAUGGGUUUUCUCAUUCAUCAGUGUGAAAGAAUGUUAAGACUCUUUUUCCCAGGUUUUUUUUUUUUGGGCUGCAAGCUGCCAUGGGGCGGUAUUGUUAUAACAAUGAGUUUCAUCGGUUCUGUGUUAAACAUCAGUGCAGAAAAAAACAAGAGUAAAUGUGACUUCAUUAUGCCUUCCUACCCUGAAAUAAAUCAUUACAGGUAACUGCUUCCAAGCUUCAGAUGCUUCCAAUAUCUUUUGUAAACAAAUUUUUUCUGGGAUUGACCAGGAACUGGGAAAUUGAUCUAUUUAAGUACAAAAAAGUAUUGUACAACUAAGCAUGAAUUUUACCAACUGUGGAUUGUACAACAAAAUGCAAGUGUACACCAUUCAAAAGACUGAGCAUUUUGCAUAUUUCUCUAGCCUGUAAUUGCAAAGAGGUUGAGUAAGUGGUUUCACAACUGGUUGUAGCACCUCUUGCACUGUCACUUUGCAUAACUGCUCAUGCAAUAAUCCAGCACCUUGCAACUUGGUAACAUUAUAAUGGAUUUUCACCAGUGUAUUUAAUAUCAUAUUGUGCAGUAAAACGUGGUGCAAGGAGGAGUUGAUUGGUUAUCAGUUACCGAAAUAUUGUUGCUUAGAUUCUGUAGCUGUUCAUUCAAAAAACAUAAGCAAAGCAAAAAGAACAGCUUCUGCUUUACCAACACACUACAAAUAAAAUAAAUGCUCU